UGGAGUUGCUUCUUUAUAAGUGUGUGGUAUCAAACCAGAGGCAGUCCUCUGUAGUGUCCCACAUGUGGUUGAAACGUCAUAUGCUAAUAUGAAUAUUAGCACUGAUGCACACCCUUCAAAGCUCGUCAGUCAAAGAAGAGGAAGAGAGAAACAAGAUGUUUAGAAUCAGUGACAAGACUGCUUGCAUGACUAACGCCUUCCAAGAGUAUCUUCUGUUUCUGAUGUUGAAGAAGAAGUAAACAGAAACAAGGAUUACAUAUUCUAAUCCAAUUCUUUUUUUUUUUCUUUUCUUUUUAACCACUUUGGAUUUUAGUCUCUGAAUUGAAGCGGCCACAAGCACUGGACAGCAAUAUGUGUCAUGUCAUUGUUACUUGCCGCUCAAUGUUGUGGACACUCUUGAGUAUUGUUGUGGCAUUUGCGGAGCUCAUCGCCUUCAUGAGUGCGGAUUGGCUGAUUGGCAAGGCCCAGCCUGGAAGUUCUCAGGACACAGACAGCAGGAGGGCAGGAUCAGUGGAACCGUAUCGUCCAACCUUGGGGAUCUAUGGACGUUGCACCAGAAUUGAGCACCUGCAGUCUUCUAUGCCUGAUACAUCUUGUGGCCCCUACGCGGAUAACUUCAGUGAGAUCGCCAGUGGGUUUUGGCAGGCUACUGCUAUUUUUCUUGCUGUGGGGAUCUCGAUACUCUGUGUAGUUGCUUUUGUUUCUGUUUUCACCAUGUGUGUACAGAGUAUUAUGAAGAAAAGUAUUUUUAAUGUCUGUGGGCUGCUACAAGGAAUUGCAGGACUAUUCCUUAUCCUAGGCUUGAUCUUAUACCCUGCUGGUUGGGGUUGUCAGAAGGCAAUAAGCUAUUGUGGACCUUAUGCUUCAGCUUAUAAACUUGGUGACUGUUCUUUAGGCUGGGCUUUCUACACUGCUAUUGGUGGCACAGUCCUGACAUUCAUCUGUGCAGUCUUCUCUGCCCAAGCCGAAAUUGCCACCUCCAGCGACAAAGUCCAGGAGGAAAUUGAAGAGGGGAAAAGCCUGAUUUGCCUCCUAUAACGCCCUCUCCUCCAAAAAAACCUUUUUCUUAUCUCAAAAGUAAUGGAUUCGAAGUAGCUAUUUAGAUGGACUUUUACAGGAGAAAUGAAGACAUGCAAGUGUUCUGAUGGUCCAACAUCAUAGAAAGUUGACAGGCACUGAAGUCUACAGACAGUAUUAACAAAUGUGAAGUAGGGAGAAUUCUGCCACAUGGAUACAAAGGAUGCCACAAAGCAAACCUGUUGGCUUUCCAUCUAUGCUGGAAACAAUUAUUUCCAUUUUAUGUUCACCAAGAAUGAAUUAUUAUGAAGGAAUCUUUUGAAGAGUAACUUGAAAUAAGCCAGGUUGCUUCCAGUACAUACAUCAUAAGACAACAUAACCAGGCUCCAAUGUCAAGAUUGUAGGUGCUACACUGCUAAUAUUCUCCAUAGCAGUCUUUUCAGAAAGCAGGUCAGGAAUAUUAAAAACACAGAGUUCUCUGGGUUGUAUGCAGUGGCACAUGGAAAGAAUUUGUCUUAAAAAAGAAGCAAGGAUUCCAGUUGAAACUAGUGAAUAAAGAAUUUUUGUUUGAGCAGAGAUACAUACACAUUGCUCGAUAUAUACCUGAGGCAUGGAACCAUAACAGUUUAUGAGGGUAGCUCCAAGAACAUAAGCUAAAUUAUGUUACUUUCAUCACACAAAUAGUUCCAUUAUCUGAUUAAUUAAUCUGGGUAGAUAUGUAUAGCUGUGGGAAAAGUUUAGACUUUUGUGUAUCUAGUACUGAAUUCAAGUUUGCCUUCGAAAGGAAGUAUAAGCAUACUCUGCUAUUGGGUCCAGUUGUAACCAAGACCACUACUAGUCCUUUCAAAGUACCAUCAGUUGCCUUUGACUACAUUUCAAGUACAAAUGGCCAUCAUGCUCAUCUAACAACAGAUAUCAUGUGCCUAAAUUCUGACCAUAUGUUGCUGAAAGUUUUGGAGACUUUUUUAGUUACAUCUUUAGGAUGAGUGUAUUGAUUGAUUUUUCAAAAAUGAGCCUUUUGCAUUAGUCAAUAAAGAUGUGAAAAUGUUCUAAGAACAUAAUGUGCUGCAGUGAUGGCUAUAGAAGAGAAAUGAUGGGAUAACUAACGGCUAAUGUCCAGAUCCUCAAGUAUUAGAUUAGCCUUAUUAACACUGAUAUUUAAUGUAUCUUUUGGUAGACAGAAAUAAUACAUUGUAGUUUAAGUUGCCGGGAUGAAAUAAAACAUCAAACUUGGAAUAGUAACUUAUUUCUAGCAUAUCUUCUAAAAUUAAAAUUAGAAUCUCCAGUGAAAAGGAAUGUACUGUACUGUCUAACUCAGGAUUUUUGUGAAUAGCUACUUCUUUACUGCUAUAAGUACUCCAACAAGGCACUUGUGAAUUAACAACUAUGCACAUGCGCAUUUUACCACUUGUGUUAAUUCAGUGAGCACCAGCAGCGUUCAUGGGGGUUUUUGACUUGGCUUAACUGAAGCCAAAUUGCUUUUGCAGAACUGCUACCCUUACUUCCCUUGUUCAAAAAUAUCUGUGUGCUCCCACGAUAGAAGCAUGAAAAGGAGCCUGAACUGCUCACAUUUCAAAUAGUGAAUCAUGACUACUUUAUCAUAAGGAAUCAUCAGGAAUGAAUCAGACUGUGAAGUCUGAUUUUAAAGUAUGGCAGUAAGCAUGACGUCCUAGAAUGAGGUCCAACAAAACAACCUCACCUAUUCUGGAAGUCCAGCAGAUUAAUUUUCCUAUAGUUUCCAGUAUAAAACAACAUGAUAUAAGCCAAAUUGUGUCCUGAUGCUUCUUAUGACCAGGUGCUUAAGAAACCCUCCCUCAUCAGUGGCUCGAAAUAGGGCUGGUGGCUCUGCUGGAGUUGACUCUAGUACAACUUAGUUGGAAGUCCCAGGACAAAAUUCCUGUUGGAGCACAAGGAAUAUCUAUGCUGGUGCAAUGUACAGUUUAUGUUCCUCUUUGGUACUGUAACAGAAAGCCUCUGGGUUGUAGAAAUUAAUUACUAAGGUUAGACUAGAAUCAAAAAUUUCAAGUUAGAGUACUUGUUAGUGUCAUUAAAGAUGUAGGACUUUCACAUGCAUAUUUUUAGAAGUGAAAAUAUAUCAUAUUUUACAGAGUAAAACUUAAUUUGAAACUGACCCCACAUGAAUAUUGUUAUACAGGUAGUCCUCGCUUAGUGACAGUAAUCGGAACUGGCAACUCCAUCACUAAGCAAUGUGGU